GGGGCCGCCGUCGCCGUCCGAGGUGUCGGCGUCCGGCGGGCGAUGGGGGAGGCCGGCACGGGGCCCGUGCCCAGGGAGGGGCCGGAGCCCGAGGAGGACGAGGCGGCGGCGGCGGCGGCGGCGGCGGCGGCGGCGGGCGGGGGCGGCGCGCCGGGGGGCCGCGCUGGGCCCCGCGGUGGCAUCCGGGUGCUGAAGAGAAACGUGAAGCGCAACGGGAGCAGGAGCUGUUUGAACAGGACUCGGUUUGGCUCCCGCGAGAGGGACUGGCUGAGGGAGGAUGCUGGACGAGGCUGCGUGUACGUUUAUGGAAGAGAUUCCGCGUCUUGUGCUUCCUCUGACUUGCGCCUGGUCCUCUGUACGGUGGACACCCCCGCCUCCGAGAUAUGUGAUGGAGAAGAGAGAAGAAACCUCUUCUUGCAACUUCACGGAGACCUGGUCAGGAGGCUGGAGCCCACAGAAAAACCCCUUCAGAUUGUGUAUGACUACUUGGCUGGGCUGGGUUUUGAUGAUCCUGUCAGAAUGCAGGAAGAGGCAGCAAACUCUGAUCUCAGCUGUAUGAUCCGCUUUUAUAGUGAAAAGCCAUGUCAAGUAGAACAGUUAGAUCGCAUCCUGCUCUCUGGAAUCUAUAAUGUACGCAAAGGAAAGACCCAGUUGCACAAAUGGGCUGAACGCUUAGUAAUUCUCUGUGGUACCUGCCUCAUUGUAUCCUCUGUGAAAGAUAGCCACACAGGGAAGAUGCACAUCUUGCCUCUUGUUGGAGGGAAGGUGGAAGAAAUGAAACGUCGGCAGUACACUCUUGCUUUCACAUCUGCUGGAGCACAAGCUCAAACAUACCAUGUCUCCUUUGAAACGCUGGCAGAGUGCCAGCGGUGGCACCGACAGGCAUCCACGGUUGUGUCUAUGCGACUUAGCAUGGUUGAUCUUUCAUGCUACAGCCUUGAGGAAGUACCUGAGCACCUCUUCUACAGUCAAGACAUCAUCUACCUCAACCUACGACACAAUUUUAUGAGAUCAUGUGGAGCAGGGAGUCUUGACUCCCUUUGCAGGUUUUCUCAAUUGAAGAGCCUGAACCUGUCUCAUAAUAGACUGGGAGAGUUUCCUCUAUCACUGUGUGAGAUCUCUACUCUGACAGAGCUUAAUGUCUCCUGUAAUGGACUACUUUGUUUGCCAACACAGAUUGGCAAACUAUUGAAUCUCCAGAGCUUCUGGCUAGAUGGGAAUUUCCUCACAUCCUUACCAGAAGAGCUGGGAAGUCUGCAGCAGCUCAGCUGUCUUGGGCUUUCCUUCAAUAACUUCCGUGAGCUACCAGCAAUUUUUGAGAAAUUAACUUUUUUAGACAAACUAGCACUGGCGGGGAAUUUGCUAGAGACCCUGGACCUUGCAGUGCUGAACCGUAUGAGUCACAUCAAAAGCGUGGACCUGAGGCUGAACAACCUGAAGAGAGCAGCAGAUGACACUCCAGAGGGGAAUAAAUCUGUGACUUACAUGGAUUUACGAGACAAUCAUCUGACAGACCUGGAUCUCAGCUCAUUGGGCAGCCUGGAGCAGUUGCACUGUGAACGGAAUAAGCUAAAAGAGUUGACACUGAGUGGCUUCUCCCUUCGGGCCCUUUAUGCCAACAACAACUGUCUUACUUCUGUCAAUGUUUAUCCAGUUCCUGGUCAACUGACAUGUCUAGAACUCGUCCACAAUCAGCUGCAGUGUGUCCCAGACUGGGCCUGUGAAGCAAAGAAACUGGAGGUUUUGGAUAUGAGCUACAACCUCCUUGUGGAACUCCCAUCAAGGAUCCUCAGCACCUUGAGCCUUCGGAAGUUGAUGGUGGGGCACAAUAAUCUGCAGAGCCUCCCACCUCUUCUAGAACACAUUCCACUGGAGGUGCUGGAUCUUCAGCACAACCUGUUGACUGAACUCCCUGAGAUGCUCUUUUUCAAGGCUCUGAACCUCAGGUACCUGAAUGUAUCUGCAAACAGCCUGGAAUCCUUGCCCUCUGCAUGUACAGGGGAGGAGAGUCUGAGCAUGCUGCAGCUGCUUUACUUGACCAAUAACAACCUCACAGACCAAUGCAUCCCUGUCUUGGCGGGACACACAAGUCUACGGAUCCUGCAUCUGGCAAACAACAACUUAAAGGCGUUCCCUGCAAGCAAACUCAGUAAGCUGGAGCACUUGGAAGAGCUGAAUCUGAGUGGCAACAAACUGAAAACAAUUCCCACAACAGUGGCAAACUGCAAGCUACUUCAUACUCUUAUUGCACACUCAAAUGAAAUCAGCAUCUUUCCAGAGAUCCUGCAUUUGCCCCAUAUUCAGAUUGUGGACUUGAGUUGCAAUGAGUUAACUGAAAUCCUCAUUCCUGAGGCACUGCCAGCUACCUUGCAAGAGUUGGACCUGACUGGAAACACAAACCUGGUCCUAGAACACCAGACACUGGACAUCUUCAGUCACAUUUCCACUCUGAAGAUUGAUGCUAAGCCCUCCCUCACAACUGACUCAGCACUCACUUCCACCUUCUGGAGUCAUGGAAUAGCUGAGAUGGCUGGCCAAAGAAAUAAGCUAUGUGUGUCAACGCUGGCAAUGGGAAGCUUUGCAGAAGGAGUGGAGGCUGUGUAUGGCAUGUUUGAUGGUGAUAAGAAUGAGGAGCUGCCACGUCUACUGCAGUGCACCAUGGCUGAUGUGCUCCUGGAGGAGGUACAGCAGUCGGACACGAUGUUCAUGUCCAACACCUUCUUGGUCUCCCACAGGAAGCUGGGUAUGGCUGGACAGAAGCUGGGUUCCUCUGCUGUCCUUUGCUAUAUUCGUCAUGAUUUGUCUGAUCCAGCCAGCAACUUUUCUCUGAUGGUGGCCAAUGUUGGGACAUGCCAAGCCAUUCUUUGCCGAAGUGGAAAACCUCUGCUCCUCUCCAAAGUCUUCAGCCUCGAGCAAUGUUCAGAAGAUGCUAAGAGAAUCAAAGAGCAAAAAGCCAUUAUAACAGAGGACAAUAAGGUCAAUGGUGUGACUUGCUGUACUCGGAUGCUAGGCUGCACGUACUUGCAUCCUUGGAUCCUGCCCAAGCCACAUGUCAGCUCCAUUCCACUGACUGUACAAGAUGAGCUGCUACUUCUAGGGAACAAAGCUCUCUGGGAACACCUUUCUUACACAGAGGCUGUCUCAGCUGUGCGCCAUCUACAUGACCCACUAGCUGCUGCAAAGAAACUCUGCACUUUAGCCCAAAGCUAUGGUUGCCAGGACAAUGUAGGUGCAAUGGUGGUGUGUCUGAACAUCAGUGAGGACAGCUGCACCUGUGAGAUGCAUGGCAUCACUCUGCCAGGCCCUGGGGGAUUUAGUUCCACCGCUGCCAAACCAGCAACACCUUCAUCUAGCAGCGGAAUUGCUUCAGAGUUCAGUAGCGAACUGUCUGCUUCUGAGGUUAGCAGUGAGGUGGGCUCUACUGCUUCAGAUGAGCACAAUGCUGUUGGUCUUGAUGGCAGCUUGCUACCACGACAAGAGCGACGUUGCAGUCUACAUCCUUUGCCCCCCUCAAGUAUCUUUCAGCGCCAACCUUCCAGUGCCACCUUCUCUAGUAACCAGUCUGACAAUGGCCUGGAUAGCGAUGAUGAACAGCCUGUGGAAGGUGUGAUGACAAAUGGCAGUAAAGUGGAGGUAGAGGUGGACAUCCACUGCUGUAAAGGAAAGGGCCUGGAGUUUGAGCCUCCUGCCUUAGAGUACAGCUCCUCUGCUCCAGGGCCAGAGGAUGACUCUGGGCUUGUCCUCAUCAUUCAGAGACAGAACAGUGUAAACAGUGGCACUGCACAGGGAGGGAUCAAGGAAAAGUGUGAACUGCAGAAAUCUCCUUCCACAUGCUGUCUCUAUGGAAAGAAGCUUUCCAAUGGCUCCAUAGUGUCCUUGGAAGAAAGUCUUAACCUCAUCGAAGUAGCCACAGAGGCACCCAAGAAGAAGACAGGCUAUUUUGCUGCUCCAUCCCAGAUGGAGCCAGAGGAUCAAUUUGUGGUGCCACCUGAUCUGGAGGAGGAAGUGAAGGAACAAAUGAAGCGACACCAGGACAAUGGAGCAGAUCAGGAGCAGAAAGAGGAAUCUGCAGUGGUUCUGCCAGAGGAGUUUGACACAGCUUUGUAGUCCUACAAGUACUGCUCCCAUAUUGUUUGUCCCAGGAAGCUUUGUCCCAUAAGGGCUGUCUCUCUCUUCAAAGAGAGCUGGGAUCUGCAAAGAGUACAGGCAUCUGCUGCUUCCUUAAUGGAAUGGAGGAGGAAUGGUAGUGCUAAGGUUUGGGCUGUCCACUUUUUGCUGUAGUCUGUUGUUCUGUGAGUGUUCAGAUCAGCAGUUGAGCUCUGUGUUGGGGACUGUCCAGAAAUUGUGCAAACACUAGUAAGAAGACAGGUGUUCUAGCGCCUGCCUCUUGCUCCUUGAACCCUGAGGUUCUGCCAGCUCUGCUGGAAAGGAGCUGGAAUAUGCUGGGGGGGGGGAGGGGGGAGAGGGGAGGCAGGGGGGUUAGCUGCUGAGGGGGCAGUAUGCAGUGUUUGGAGUCCUGUGAAUAUUUUUGACAUAGGUCCUCCUGGCAGCACCUGACUUCAUUAUUCCUUGAAAGAAUACAGCCAGUUGCAAUGAAGCUGACGCAAGAAUGGUUUCCUACACGAAUUGCAAGCACUUUUAUUGAUUGCACUUAAGGUGUUCUGUUCCCCUUCAGCCCAGCACUUUACUACUUAGGGCCAGGGGAGAGAGCACUCCAGUAUCCCUGUCCACAGCAGGUGGGGGAGACUUUUCCCAGUGGUUAUUUGUUAGGGCACUAGAGGACUCAGGGUACUGGUGUUCUGAUGAGCACCAGUGCAGGUAGAGUGAGGAUUAUAAUGGGAUCAGGCUAUGCAGAAUGAAAAAAUACACAGCUGGGUGAUAAGUGGUUGUCUACUGAUGCAUUUUACAUGGGGCAUAAAAAAGAUCAGCUCUGGACUUACUGAUUGAGGUAACAUGUAGAGCCAGUGCUAGCUGCAGAGCACAGACACAGCUCAGCAACUUGUCUACUUCCAUCACAGAUGCUUCACAGUAGAGGCUUCCUAUAUCCAGAAGACACAUCAUGAAACCAUGAACUCCUGCUUGUUUUAGUGAGGUACUCAGUCUAAGAGGAAGCCAAGGUAGAAGCAGUGGCGUGUUGCUCUUAGCCUAGCAAGCAGUUGGGCUGGUCUCCGUAUGCUGGGGAAGCGUUCAAUGUUCUUUCCCACCAACAUAAACUGCACUGUCUUUAUUACCAGCCACAGCAUCUUUGCUUGCAUCUAAAAGCAGGAGUCAGUCCAAAUCCAGAGCAACCUCUGUUAUGUGGUACGUGCCCAAUUUGGCUGCAAACAAGGUGAAAGCAUCUUUGUUUCUUCUUAGUUUUCAAUGGAAAAGGAAAAAAAAAUUCACCUUAAAAACAUCUUUGUCAGCAAAAGAGGGGAAGAGAUGUUUAAAACAGUCCCACUAAUGGUGAACUGCCCAGUCUACAGUUGCUGGAUGCAUGGUGGUUCCAUUAAGAUUUUUGGUGCAGGGCGUAAGUUGGCUGCUUAUGUCAUCAUCUCAUGUAAGUGCUGUGAAAAGACCAUGGCCCCCAUCGUGUGCAGAUCUGUCUUCCCUAGCUGGCAGAGAGCUGGACAGCAGCUUCCCCUGUCAUGUCAGUGGUGCAAUAAUCCUGACUAUAAUGUGGGCUAGUGCCUUUUCUUCUUUAUUAAUUAUAUUUAUGAAAAAAAUGUGAAAGUUUUUUCUCAGGAGCUCUGAGGGGCUUGAGUUGUAUAUUUUUUAUCAAUUUCAGGCCUUGAUUGGAAGGAAAUACUGUGCAGACAACUUGUGGGAUUCUGACAGUAGAGAUCUUUUGACAAAAUCUAAUGGAGUUUUACUUAGAUUUCAGAGCUCCUUGAAUUUCUUCUCACUAAGGGAAAAAAAAAAUGUGUUUUUACCAUGCAUGAGAGCAACUUCUUAGGUUAUACCUUGUGCUAGUUACAAUGUAAUCAUGAAACAACCCCGCUUUUUUCCAAAGUUUAAACUCACCUGAGUUUUGACUCUGUUUAAAUGUCUGCCUCACUUUGAGAGAAAUGCUUACCCUUGGAAUUGUAGAAACAACGUUUUGAAUCCUUCGGGCAUAGAAAUAACAGACAAACCCAAAUCUCUUUCGGGUUCUCUUCAUUUUAAGUAUACAGAAAAGGUUCAUCCCAGUAUAUUUGACAGUAACUUUUAAUUCCUUCACUGGCGAUAAUGUCACCAAAUACCUGUGCUCAGGCCAAAAGUGUCUGAUAGCUGAGUAGGCUGCAAAGCAGUCUCUGUUCAGUGUGGGAUUGAUGCAGAAAUACACUCUUCUUUCUGAAUAAGACUGUGACAAACCUUGCACUUAAGAGAGUGGUAGAUGUUAAUGCAAAUCAGGACUCUCUCUUGCACUGUUGUAGAAAAUCCAGUGUAUCCUUGCCAGUCUGAAUCCCUAGCACUUAACCCCUUUUGUUUUCCAGCCUCUCUAGAGACUUCUCCUUUUUUAUCUUCAUCUUUAUAACAUCGACUUAUAUUUCAGGCUUCAGAGGAGCACUGCUGUAGGUGGAACACACAUAAGUGGGAAAAGUUUAGUGAAGGACUCAUAGCUGAGAAUAGAAAGUGUUUUCCCAGGUCUCUUCCGUGAACUUCAUAUUUGGCUCUUGGAGAUGGCAUCAUCUCCACUGAGCCACAUCACUAAGAACGUCUCGUUCUUUACAGGCUUACCGGUAGAGGUUCUCAACUUGGGGUCAUCAGGCUCUCUUGUCCCUACUGACCAAUGCCAGACCUACGACGUUCCAGGUGGCCAUAGCCAAAUAGCCAAGUUAGGCUGGUGAGUUAGUGUGUGUCUCUUUUGAAUAACUCCGGCCCUGUUGGCAAGCAUGCUCAAUGAGAACAGUUGCAUCGAAGACACUGACCUGUCUGCCCUGUCCUGUCCAGAACGACUUCAGCAAAAGGAACCAAUAAAGGUUAUAUUCAGUGGCACCUGGUCAGAAUUUGAGUAUUGAGGGCAAGGGAUAGCCUCAAAGUUGCUCCCAGCACCUGAAUCAGGCCUGGUAGAAGCAGCACCACAGAUUGUUGGAAUCUGAUCAAAAUCCUCAACUGGAUGGGUGAGGGUAAAAUCCUGUUCCAAGAAGGAGCAAGUAUUUCCCUGACUCAGGGAGAGGCUGCUUUGAGGCCUGAAAUUCUUCUAGUAUACAGGAUGUUAAGCCACAGCUAAAGCCCUGGGACUUCAAGAAGUUUCUACGUUCCUGAAUGGUGAUGGCUUUCACCUCACUUGCCAGAGGGCCUUUUUACAGGCAGUAGGUUCACCUCUUCAGUUUUUGUGCAGCCAUUGUCUGCUCUUCCCUUGUAGCCUGAAGGCUCAAGUGUAUUUUUCCCCCAUUUAUUCCAUUUUAAAAUGUUACCAUUUUUUUAAAUUUCACUCAUGACUCAGCACGUUAAAAAAUGUUUGCAGCACACUGGCUAUAAAAUAAUCUUUUUCAUGCUUUUUGUUUUAAUAAGGAAAAUAUUUUAUGUAUCCCACUCUGGCAUGCAGCUGUAAUUAUUCCUCUUUUAUUGUACAGGGGAGUAGAUUGUUCAAUGAAUGCACCUUCAGCACGGGGGCCUGUGUGUGUAUUGCUUUGGAGAGGCAAAUAACAUUGCUGGAAAACACUAUUCCAUUGAUUCUUUACUCAGAUGUAUAGAGCAGUUCAGGAAGGAAGAAUAUUUUUGCAUCAACUUUUCAGCUGAUUUAGCAAUAAAGAUUUUUACUUUUGUCUAAUUAUAUAUUUUGAUUCUGUUACUGCACUGGA